AUGCAACCGGACAUGGGGGUGACGCAAAAGCCCCCGACGUAUAUUACGCCAGGCCCUAUAGUUGACCAACCUACAGAAAUGUCGAAUGCACGCCUUACUGAUGAUACGUGGCAAGCGUUUAUUGAGGAAGCAUCAAAAGAACAGGAUCGGUAUAUUAAGGCUUGGAAUACGGAAAUGGACACAUUACUGCUAUUCGCAGCGCUGUUUUCCGCGGUCUUGACCGCGUUUGUCGUCGAGUCAUAUCAAGAGUUGCAGGUAGACACAGGUUCAGAGACGGUUGAAGUGCUGCAACAGAUACUCGGGACUCUGCAAUCAAUCCAAGGCACCGUUGGUACCUCAGGUGUCUCAACGGAUGUGUCCGACUUCCAGCCUACAUCCUCCGCAGUGCGCGUCAAUGCGCUUUGGUUCGCGAGUUUGGUCAUCAGCCUGUCAGCUGCGUUCCUAGCCAUCCUCGCAAAGCAGUGGUUGCUUCAUUUGGACAAGACAUUCGCACCUACGCUCCCGAUGAAAGGUCGGCAACAUCAAUAUCGCUACGAGAAUAUCGAGAAAUGGAAGCUCACUCCAGUACCAUCCUCGCUGCCUAUCCUUCUGCACGUAUCCCUCUUACUAUUCUUCGCCGGCCUUAUCGAGUGCCUAUGGUCCGUCAAUGUCACAGUCGCCGUUGUUUCCCUUUGCUUCGUCGGAAUCACUGUGACGAUUUACUUUGCGAUCCACAUUCUGUCCCUUGUAUGCCCUCCCUCUCCGUACAAAUCAUCAGUGACAUCAGUGCUCCUGGCAGCCUUUGCAACCGUACUACGCGAAGUUGUUGCCGCUGUAGGCGCUCCGCUGCUAGUCGUGCUGCUCUUCGCAGCCUUCUCCCUUUACCGCGGGUUUUUCUACCUCAUUGCACCAUUUGUCUCCGAAUCGUGGACAGAGGAUAUCCGCACGCUCGUGGAGAUCCUAAGCUCCACGAUGAAGAUCAAGAACCGCCUCACGAAGUGGAGAAUGGGGAUCAGACGGUCCUGGGACCGGCAUAUAACUUCAUUACUUAUAGGGGAUGUCCAAGAGAAUCGAUACAUUUCUCGCAAUGCUGGCCGGCUUGAUGUUCACAUCCUCGCUCGCAUGAUACAGGCGUCAUCUCGCUAUCCGAUUAGACGCAGCGCGCUCGCACAAGAAUUAGCACGUUGCGAUGCACUACUUUCAUAUCGAAUCCUCCUCAUCGAUUCCGGUGCGACCUCUCUUCUAAUGGAUGAGCUCCACUCGCUCUAUGAAGGAAACUUUCAACAAAUCUCAUCGCAGACACAAGAUGAUGCACUACGGCAAGCAGAAGCAUUGAUGAAGUUGCUGACCGAAGCGGACGAAUCCGAUUCGCAUACGAUUAUACAAGUGCAGGGUAUCCCCAUUCAUAUCGACGUGAGGGCGGGCAGCCAAUCUUAUGAAAUCCACAUCUCUGACGACAUGCUACGGGAUACGGAAUACCUGCCGUUCCAUGCAAUAAUACUCAGGCUUCGGUAUGCGAACUUCUCUUACUACCAGAACGAAGUAGACGAUGCGGUGAAGGCUUUCUACGACCGCUUGGAGAGCACGAACGACAUAUCCGAACUCACGACUAUGCAUCUCGUGAAUGUAAUCAACACGAUAAUCUACACUGCCAAGAUACCCGUGGAGACACCUUUCGGAUUUGAUGGUCAGCAAGCAAUGAAGCUCAAUGCUCGUGCUUUGGAGGUACUCGCCGCUAUCGCGGUACACAGACCAGAUAUGGAUGAUCGCGUCAAGCGUCAGCUAAGCUAUGGAAUGUGGCUCCUCUCCCAGCCCAAGUCACUCGCUUCUAUCGGGUUGCUCAUCCCGAUUGUCAGCACGACUGCUACGUUUGCAAAAGCCCUCGCGGAGUUGAUGACUCCCAGAUUGAGGCUACCAUCCGUGGCAUUUGCCGUAUUGGCCCUACUAGAAGCGUCGUUGUAUUCUCAAUCGAAUUUCUCGGUGCCGAGCCAGGGCGAUGGAGGUGACAUUGCCGAGCUAAUACAGGUUUUGGUUCAGAAGUAUCCCUUGUUUGUGGAUGACCUUCGAGCUGGAUUCUCCCAUGAUUCCAAAGAUCUGCCUGUCGUCAUUCCAGGUUUGAACUUUGAGGACAUGGUUUUGAAGCUCCUACAGCGCAUUGUCCGGAUAUCAGGAUACCUCAUCUUCAACGACUGCAAUGUACCGAAGGUCGACCUGGACUGCAUAACUCUCGUUACACUGGAAUUAUUACUAUGCAUCUGCAAGCACAUUGAAGACUUUCCUUCCUCUGAUAGACGGGACAUACUUCGGAUUGCGUACGGGAGUGCUUGCCGGAUAGCAGUGCCGCAGAGCAUGCAGGAGACGCGCAAUCAGUCCCCGUCCUGGUCUCGGCCAAAUGAGCCUGCAGAACUUCCUGCGGAGAAACAGUCGAUUGCCUCGACGGCCAGCGUAAUGCGAAAGGACAAUGAGCUGAAGGGCUCAAGCAGCUCCAUACGCGGUUUGUACAUCGCACACGAGGAAUAUGACUUGACCAGUUUUCCUCCAGAGAGUCUUCCAGAUGCGUUUGUCUCCGCGUUGCAGGCGACAUCAAGUUUGAAGGACCCUCCAGAAGCACUCAGGACCAUCUUAUCUAUGAUUACAUUGUUAUCACGGAUCUCAGGCGGCCCGCGCUCUGACGAUCUUAAUUUCUCCAUUCUGGCAAAAUUGCGACAGCAGUCACACCUAAUUGCGGAACUCACUGCGCCUCUGGUGUCAAAUAGGAGAUUCGGCGAGUGCGCGAGACAUGCCCGUGAUGUCAUUCAAGUUCCUGCAGAGGGACCUUUCGAUCUCGACGACAAAGUGGUCUACUAA